ACAGGUCACCCCGCUCUCUAGCAACCAAACUGAUCGACUAAAGAAGUUUGUUUGCCGUCCUUAAAACUGUCGUCGAUAACAGACAGCUACCCAUCUUCAAUCAUUUUUGGAAAUGCUGGUAGACUCUCUAUAGAAAGGCAGAUUAAGAAGGCUAACUUAACUUAGAAAGAUGACCGCAACACUUCCGAAUGGCAAGCCUCGGCUUAUUGCUGCUAUGUUCAGCAGUCCUGGACCAUGCUAUGGUCUUCCAGGAUUAACAGGAGCGCCAGACCACGAUCCUCGUAGUGUACACAACAAAGCUCCAGCAUAUUCAAUGAGAACAAAAUCAGGGAAAUACAAGGAUGACUGUAGCCCUGGUCCAGCAUACUACCCUGAUCCGAACUACACAAGAGUUGGCAGAAAAGGAGACCCAUCUUACUCUCUGUACUCGAGGCCCAAAGACUGCGCUGGAUUCCGCACUCCAGGACCUGGAGCUUAUUGCCCUGAAACUGUGGGACCCCAGGCUUACUACUCUCCCCCGAAGUACAGCUUUGGUACACGUCAUAGGAACAGGCAGACAGACAAUACGCCAGCACCUAAUAACUAUACAUUGCCAGCGGUCUUUGGCCCUCGUACAAUUCAGAGUGACAAAUCACAAGCCCCAGUGUAUUCACAAAGAGGCCGUCGUGUUCAGGGAAGUUUUUUUGAAGAUUUAAGCAAGACUCCAGGCCCUGGGACAUACAAAGUAAAUGACCCCAACACCAACAAGCUGAAGGCCCCAUCAUACAGCAUGACCAGCCGUAAUACAGCCCCUGGAGAUACCACCACAAAACCUGGCCCUGGAGCCCACUUCCCUGAGAACGUAUAUAUUAACAAGAAGCAAGCACCCCAGUUCAGCUUUGGGAUCCGCCACUCAGAAUACCUAGCGCCACUAAUUGUAGAGUGUCAUGAUUAAAACACAUAUAUUUCAGCAUGAAAUUCCAAUGUAUUACCUGCAUCCUCAGAUUUAAGAAGUUUAUACCUGCUCAAUUGUUCAAGGGGAGUUUGGUUUAGCUCAGUAUUUACCAGUCUGUGAUCCACCCAACCAGGAACAGUAUUCACACCAUGUUUUCCCCCAUAUCAAAUCAGUAUUGUUAAUUUUAUAGAUGUGUUUACAUUUAAUGCAUUGUGUUUUCCUUCUUCUAUCUGUUAUUCUUUUUUUUUUCUCUUUAUACAUGUUAUACAGUAAUCUACACAAAUAUUUGUUAAAAUUUUUGAUAUAUUAAUAUACUAGGUGUUUUGUAAAAUGGAAAUACUGUUCACGCAGAUAGUGUUUGUGCUCUUUUUUCUUUUCCUGAUAGUGUCUGUGCAAGUGUAUCAUCAUUUGUGGAGAGUUGUUUUUAAUGCUUUGUCAGAAUUCUGCACUUUAAUGAACUAUACUUGCCGUUAGUUUUGUAUGCGGAGUGUACUUUGCACUUGAGUAAAUCGGUGAUGGAUAAAAUUUAGGAUUUUAGAGAAAGAUUAACAAGAUUUUCUUGUGACCUUUAAACAGCAGUGUCGUUGCGCAAUUUUACAGGACAUUUUCUGGUCAAACUGCUGAAAAAAGAUUUUCUACAGUACAUUAUGAUUGUGGCUAAUGAAUCCAGAUUGUAUUUCCAUAUUCGCUUUCUUAAAUAAGACUAGUUUUUUUUAACGAGAAGUGUGAAAAUGUUGUUUCUCUUUUUCAUGUACAGUAAUUUCUGGAAAUUAAAGCUCUUGAUCUUCCUACAGUACUAGUGUCCCAUGUUUUUUUUUUUCCCCAUUGUGGCACUGGAUUAUCAACAAAGCAAAUAGUUCCGCACUUAAUAACUUGUAAGGGGUAAAUAUUUCCUUUCUGAUUCUCAGCUAAGUGUACUUGUAUAUUGGUAUAUAU